CGACGCACUUCGGCCACUGUCUGGACCGGGCAAUUUAUUCCGUUGUCCAUGCUCUUUGAGAUGGCGGAGACGCGCUCUCACUGAACUACCCGAAUGAUUCAAGAUUCAAAUCAAUAGCCUAGAUUAACCUGGAAGCGUUUAUAAAGCUGUCAGCUCUUUUUGAGCAUCAUAUAUUCCCGUGGAACAUGGCUGGUCUACCUACACCAGCUGUCCAGGAAACGGCACAACCCCAGUCUGCUGUAACACCGAAUACACAAGAGAACAAGUCCGCCGAACUCUGGGAUUCCGAAUUGCAAAUUGUCUCCUCUCUAGCACAACUUCAAGAGCUAGAAAGAAGGGUCCAUCGGCUUCGAACGCUGCUGCCAGAUCGGCUGCUGGCGCCUUUGGUGCCGAUUAUAAAUCCAGAGUGUGCUGCAUCGGAUAACCCCGUGCCGGAAUCCCCCCAGGUGCUCUAUGCACAGCUAUCUGAAGCCGCACGGGCAGGGGUUGCGGAUGUCGAGCAGUUUCAAACUCUCUGGCGUAGCCCAGAGAUGAAAGCUGUCUGGGAUUAUGUAGGGGAUGAGAUCAAAGAAAAUGGUGGUACACUCCUCCAGCCCACCGGCGUGUGGGAGAGAGACUAUGGCGUUCUCCUUGAAGAGCUUGUGAAGGAGAAGCGUGAAAAAGAUGAACAAGAUGGCGGAGUGACGGAGCGCUCCAAGGCCCAAUCGAUGGCAGCGAACUGGAGGAUGGACGUGGAGACAUUCUUACAAAAGGGUGUCCCUGGAGUUCGCGUCGUGCCAGACCAGCACGAGGCGUCAGUCACCAUAGCGCUAGUGAAGGCUGGAAUGUUCUUCCAGGCUCAAGCAAUCAGCGAACCUGAUAUCAGUGUUCCAGAGUGGCGAGUAUCGAAUGUUGGCCCCCAAAGCAAACUGAAAGCGAAGCUUGAGAUGGCUAUAUGUGAUUGCUUGAAUUCUCGUCCGCGGAAGUGGGACAUUACUUAUUUGCUUGUAAGUCUUAUAGCAGGAAUUAUCUACCCAGUGUUACGAUACGAUACAACGCGUAACUUUUCUCAAUUGCACGAGUCGCUAGACAUGCUAAUGACGAUAACACUAGGACAUGAUAGCUUCUUAUGCAGAUGUCAAACAAAGACCAUGCGCAAGGUGCAACAAAAUGACAGACGAUGCAGCUCAGCUCCCGGUUCUCCGUGUCUGCAAAUCCGUCCCAGCCCAAGCACCUGAUUCAGGAGAAAUCAGCAUUUGGGAACCCUUCCACCCAGGCUGCAGCCGUCUUUAAAGGAGACGAAAAUUUGCAACCCUUUGCCUCUUAUCGGCGAGCUUGAGCAACCUGCAUGCCUCGUAUUUCAGUGUCCGACAGAAACGAAAGUUGAGCCAUUUCGGCUCUGUAGCGUCUCCAGCGUUCAUUCCAGUCUUCAGGAGGGCCGUAGAAAAGAUCAUGAUGGAUAUCAGAUGGAUACGGAUUGCCAUAUUUGUCCCAGUAUUGUAGUGGGAUGAUAUGCUGUUUGCCUCUCCCUCCCGAUCGAGGCUUGCCGCAAUCGCAGUACCUGACAGCACUCCAUGUGCCCUUGUCAGGGACCUGAUAUCGCCUCGUUCUGAAAUCGUAUUUUUCGUCGCCCUGGCGUGCUCUACCCCAACCCGGCAGAGCCGGGAUGUCUUUGGCUCGCCGAUUACCGCUGCGAUGUUCCCAACCGGACCAGUGGCGCAAGUUUUCGUCAUUGGGACUGUGGAUAGUGCCGAUGAAGAUAUCCGGGCCCUUAUUACGGAGGACAUCGAGGAAGCGCCUACCACGAGGCCAGCGGGACUGUUUUGCGAGCUUGGGGUCUCUGGGCCAGAUCCAUCCCAUCGUAGACGGCAUAUUGGUGAUCGUAUAACGGAGUUCUGGGGCGGGUGUACUGUGGCAGUCGUUCUGUUGAGGACGGAAGACGGAGAUGCUUCGGUUGGGAGGAUCAGAAGCAAGGGUGAUAUGAAAGAUUGAAGAGAUUGAGAGGAUUGAGUUGGUUGAUAUACUACCCGUUGCCGUCUGAAGACUCAGCUUUGCUCUUUCACGAUCGAAUGUUACAUGGAGCAUGCUUACACAAAGAGGAACCUGUGCACCAUCAACCUACACACUGUCUACAGUUUAGAGACAGGAUCACUUGGGUCAUAUUCUUUGUUGACAAUGUAAACAUGCAUGUAGGCUUCUGUAUAACCUAAGCAUACCAGAAGCUAGACAAAGAAUACAGAAAAUCACAGCACUCAGACAGGUCUCAGGAGAUGAGAUGUGAUCAAACAUAUAGCUUCUCCUCAUUAUCUCUAUCCCUACUAUCAAGCAAUUGAAG